AUGGCGACAACAUCGCUUCCCAGGGCCGUCAAGGCGUCGUUCUGGCGUGGUGGCACAUCCAAGGGCGUAUUUCUCGACUCAAGAGAUCUGCCACAAUGGUUCGUUGGGGGUCUAUCCGCAGGAGAGCCACUCGAAGAGGGCACGAUCAAACGAAUGGAGGACUUUUUCGCAGUGGUCAUGGGAUCCCCCGAUCCGUAUGGCAGACAGCUGAAUGGCAUGGGCGGUGGCAUUUCAUCGCUAAGCAAGGCCAUGAUCGUUCGCCCAUCACCACAGCCAGAUGCCGACAUCGACUAUACUUUCUUCCAAAUUGGUGUUAAAGACGGUAAGUUGGACAUGGCUGGCAACUGCGGCAACCUGACCUCGGUGGUCGGGCCUUUUGCGUUAAAUUCUGGACUUGGUCAAGACGAUAUCAAAAGGUACGGCCACUGGGUUGAGGAUGGGGACAAUGCCACCGUCACUUUGCGAAUGCGAAACACCAACACGGCCAAAAUCAUCGAGUCUACCUUCCAAGCAACCCGGUAUGAGGGCAAAUGGGAAUAUCAAGAGCUCGGCAGCUGCAGCAUCGAUGGGGUGCCUGGGACAGGGUCCACGAUUACAUUAUCAUUCCUGAACCCACAAGGCGCAAAAACUGGCAAGGCCUUGCCUACAGGCAAUCCAAUCGAUAGCGUUCAGAUCGGGCAGCAGACAGUCCGAGCAUCCUUGAUAGAUGUCAGCAAUCCCGGAGUAUUUAUCGAUGGCAGAGACGUGGGAUGGAACGCGGAGGCGACACCGGAACAGCUGAAUUCUAAUCAAGAGCUCCUGGAAAAGCUAGAAGCGAUACGAAAACGGGGCACCGAGAUGAUGGGCUUAGACCCCAACAUUAGCAGCAUACCCAAGAUUGUCUUGCUGUUCCCUGCUAAAGGUGAAGGCUUGGAUAUAUCAUGCCAGGCUCUUUCCAUGGAACAGGCACAUAAGGCCGUCCCGGUCACACUGGCCCUCAACCUGGGCGUGGCAUGUAAGAUGGAGGGAACUCUUCCACAUGCCAUGUCAAAGCACCUGCAUCACUCCAAUACCAUCAUUGGCCAUCCAUCGGGCACUCUGGAGGUCGGUGCCGCUAUCGAGAAUGGCGCCAUCAUUGGUGCCAAGCUGAUCAGAACUGCCCGGUGUCAUAUGGACGGGUAUGUCAACACUCUGCGACUUGGACAAGACGUACGUGGUUUCUGA